UCUUAUUUAGAAAGAAAUUACUUUUCACAAAUCCAUAACAAUGGCAAAGUCUACAAUCUUCCUAGUCUCCACCCUCUGCUUCUUAUCUUUCCUUGGUUCUGCUUAUAGCGUCAAGGACCGCUUCUCUGUCGAGGGUUUCGUUUAUUGUGACACAUGUCGCACCCAAUUCAUCACCAAAUUGACUGAGUUCUUGGAAGGUGCAACCGUACGUGUGGAGUGCAAAGAAGAAAACGGAACAGUGACAUUCACCAAAGAAGCAACAACAGAUGCAAAUGGAUCAUACAAACUAGAGGUAGAUGGAGACCAUGAAGACGAGGAAUGUCAAGUUGUGCUUGUGAAAAGUCCUAGACCAGAUUGUAACGAGGUUGACUCAGAAUCUCACUUGGAACAAGCUGCUAAGGUUAGCAUCACACACAACAAUGGAAUUGUGUCUCCUAUUCGUACCACUAGUCCUCUUGGUUUCCUUAAGAAAGAACGUCUUCCUGGUUGUGCUCAAGUUCUCAAGGAACUUGGAAUCAAUGAAGAUGGUUCUCAAGAUCUUGAUUGAUUUCAAGAAUUCUAAACAUUAUGAAUUAAGUAUUUAUAAAGGAGGGUUAAUUAACUAAAUAUUUUGAUCUAUGCCCUUAUUAGUUAGGAUUUAAUAAUGAAAGCAUUUAUGCAUGUACCUUUUGGGAGUUUUCCUAGAUUUGAAAACCCUAAAAGGAUAUUACUCUCUUUUUUUCCUUCUUCUCUAAUUUCUCAUAUUUUUUUAAUGUAUGAUUGAUUACAGUUUAUUGGAUCCAUUUUAAUUUUUUAAGUAAUAUUUUAGUGUUUUUUAUAAA